AAAAAAAAAUAACUAAUCUUUUUUAUUAGUCAGAUAUGGAAGUUGUCGAAGAUAAGGUCUGUUUACUCUUCGAAUAUUUAUUGAUAUGUUAGUGCUCGUGGCUGGCCAGUGUUAGCUAAAUCGUGCAAGUUAGCGGUGGUCUACUGAUUAACAAAAUGGAAAAACCUUCGGCUUCGGUGUACGUAGGGUGCAUGAAUGUGUUGAAUACCAUCACUCAAUUGUUGAUGGGUGGAGCCGGAUUCUUUGGAAUUGCUUUAGGAGAUUUAGUUCCCUUAAAAAAAUUGAAUAUCCACAGCAUUUUAACAGCUAUAGGGCUAACAAUCCUUUGCAGUCAAGCCAUAUUGUUAGUUAACCCAUACAAGGGAUUCAACGACAAUUUCAAGUUCCCGAAGAAAACUAAAUUUUAUUGGAUAAUUCAAAUAAUUGGUUGUGUCCUGGUGCUCGCCGGAGCUUGUCUGGGAAUAGCCAUGAUAUCUGAAGGUUUAAGUGGGAUAUUAAACCAAGGAAAACACUUGCAGACAUCUCAUGGAAUUACUGGUUUCAUAGUGAUGCUUUUGGUUUCCGUGAAAUUAGUUGGUGCUAUUGUGAACUUAAUAUUUGCUGAUAGAUUAAGUAAUUUCAUGAAGAUUUUGUAUGUUAUUGUAUCAAUUGUCACUAUUGUAAUGGGUUAUAUAUCAGUCUGCAUUAAGUAUGGUGAUGUUAACGUUAGUAAUUUCAGUUCACCAGCUUGGGCUAUAUCUUUUUCAGUCUUGACAAUGGUUUCAUUGUUAUUAAUGUCGGGCGCCCGUGUGCUUAUGACUGGUAGUAUUAAGUUUUAAUAAUUGUAAGAUUUUAAAUUAAAUUUAAAUUCACAAAUUUCUUUUUGACAAUUACAUGGUGAAAGAAAAACAUCACGAAGAAAUCAAAACAAGAUAAAGAGAAGCGUGGUGAUUGGUAAUCAGCAGUGGGAUGAGUACUGUAGCUUGUUGCGAUAAUCGCAGUUUUAUUGAUUUUAGUAAUAAAUUUCAAUCUAGAGAAAUAUAAAUACUUAGGUAACUAGAUUUCGCGACAAGUUUAACAUCAGCUGGAAGAAAUCCAAAGCUAAACAAAUAUCCUUAAUCCUCCACGUCGGAAUCUAACUCGUCAUUUCCAUUAUUUGCUAGUAGUCAUCUAGUAGGAGGUCUCCCAUGCUAUUUGUACCGAUCCCUGAUCGCCACUCGAAUACUUUUCGGGUCCAUCAGGUUAUAGCCUACCCACAGCAUUACCACUUAAGAUUAUAAUAAUUAUAACGUAUUUAUAACAUCAAGCAUACUCGCAGUAGGUCUGUCUAACGCUCGCUGGGCGAUUUUAAAUCGACCUAGCAAGCCGCACAUCAGAAACCACAUUUUGUACUCAUUGUACAAGAAUACACAAUCUCGAAUAAAUAAAUAAACACACCCGUCUUCAGGCACUGCGAGUUUUCGGUGAGAGAAUUUUGGGUAACUUCUCGAACACUGUCCAUCCUUAGUUCGAUUAUUUUUGGGCAACUUCUGUAUCGUAUUCGGAUUUAUGUAGCUAGAAAUCUGUUUGAAAUAAUAUGUAGCGGUCUACAACUUCGAGAAUAUUUGACAUUAUUUGAUUUUUUUAUUUAUUUAUUUGUCAGAGGCUAUGUUGGACGAGACUACUCCUAAUUGUAGAGGUAUGUAUAAGUAACAAUAAACUUUUUUAAUUGAAAUGGUUGUUUUUAAUGUGUUUUGGCAGUAAAAAUGCAAACGACGAUUACCUAAUUUUUUUUAAACGUUGCCCCACAAUAGGAUUUUCUCCUGUGUCGUGGGUGCUGUUACCUGUCCACC